UCCUGUGGACCUUUUUCUAAAAUCCCAAUCCGUACGACCCUCUGAUGAAAGUUGUUCUCCGAAAACUAGGGCAAGGCUGCGGGACGGAAGCCCUAACUCGUCCCUUCCUCCUCACUUCCACCGCCUCGAUUUCUCCGUUUAAAUUCUGCGUCGACCAAAUCUUUGCUUUUCCCUUCCGGAUCCCCAUCUAAGCGUCCCGUUCCCAGGGUCCAGUUUGACGACUACUUGUCCAUCGUGCGUUGCUGCGGGCCCGCGGUCUCCUUGUCCGGCUUCUCUCUGCCACGCCUCGCCGCCUCGCCGCCUUGGAUCUGGGCUAUAGUGCGGUGAAUUGGUUGUUUGGAUCGGAAAGCUGAGUUUGAAGGGGAUUCGGGUGCGGUGCAUGGGGGGAUUUUGGUUUAGGAGCUGGAAAUGAGUGUGGAGAUCAAUGGGUUGUGGAGGUGCUGAAUCGGGAGUUGAGAGAAUUAGUGAAUUGCUGUUAUAAGAGUCUUCGCACAAUGUACCAUGCAAAGAAAGUUUCGACUGUUUCCAUGGUCCCGCAUAAGGCCCAAGGCACAGAGCAACUUGCUAAUGCUGGUGUUAUGGGUGGAUCUAAUGUAAGCAAUCCAACUAAUUCUGGGGGAAGUGGGAAACAACGACUAAGGUGGACUUCAGAUCUUCAUGACCGCUUUGUUGAUGCAAUCACACAACUCGGUGGACCAGAUAGAGCAACACCUAAAGGGGUUCUACGAGUAAUGGGUGUACCAGGAAUUACAAUAUAUCAUGUCAAAAGCCACUUACAGAAGUACCGCCUUGCAAAAUAUCUACCAGAAUCUCCAGCUGAUGGUUCAAAAGAUGAAAAGAAGGAUUCUGCUGAUACCCUCUCUAGCAUGGAUUCUGCGUCAGGAAUGCAGAUCAACGAAGCUUUGAAAAUGCAAAUGGAGGUUCAGAAGCGGCUCCACGAACAGCUUGAGGUCCAAAGACAGUUGCAGCUGAGAAUUGAAGCUCAGGGGAGGUACCUACAAAAAAUCAUCGACGAGCAGCAGAAGUUAACUGGUGCACUUAAAGCCUCUGAGGAAAAACAAAACCCCUCAGAAUCUCCAUCCACUUCACAGGACUGCAUUGGUGACCCUUCUUCCCCACUCAAGAAACAAAAGAUUUCUGAUCAGUCGCCAGAUGCAACGCAUGAAAUGCCAGUAUCGGAGUCCAAGCCUGAUUUCAUUGGUCAGUGGGAUCGGGAGUUGUAUGAAAGGAGUGUUGCUGGUUUUUCUUUUGACUUGGGGUCAGAAUUUAAAGAGGGUGGAAAUAAUUGUGAGCUGCAGGAACACCAACUUGCCGGGGCUACUGCUAACAGAAGUUGAAAUGGUGGUCCAAAGCAAAGAGCUCGAUUGGUUGCUGGACCUGCCUCCAUUGUAUUGCUUCAUCCACACUGGAAUGUGUAAUCUUUCGUGAUCGAUGUUUGCAUUGUAUAAUUCAUGCACUCUAGGCCAUUUGUAAUUAUGUCUAGAAUCUAGUACAAGUACUGAUUCACUAAAGAUACAUAUAUUUUUUUCCCUCAUGGUAAUAUGGCAAUAGUAUUUGUAGUGGAAAGUGGAAACUAAAGAUUGGAAGCCAAUUGUG